ACUGUUAGUUAUUCUGUUUCGGAAAACUGGAAAUGGACGCGGCAAAAUUGGAAGAAGUGUUGAGGGUUUUUGAUAAAUCUCUUUCUCAAAUUAAAUGGAGGCUUAAGCCUUCUUCUAAAUCUCGGCUUCAAACCGAUAUUUUGGCUUUGUGUUCAAGAAUGAGACCUUGCAUCAUGGUAGAUUAUGGUGGGAAGAUGCCUGAAUUGGGGAAUAAUCUUUGUGCAUUUGUUGAAUACUGCAAGAAGGAGUCCUCGAUAUGUAAGCUUUUGUACGUCUUGGUAGUAGAUGAUAUGGUGUAUCUGGUUGAGGCCAGAGCACUUGCAGACUUCGUCAAAUCAAGUUUGGAAACUGCGGUGCUGUUUGUGGACCUCGAAACUGAUCCUCCAAAGAUGAUGACACAGGCGGAGGAAAGCCCUGCAAUGAUGCAGCUUCUGUCAGCUCAAAAGUUGUUCUCCUCUGUUUUUCACACUGAUGGAGUAAACGGUGAUCACUUUCAAAGACGAGAAACUCACAACAUUGGGUCCUCUCUUGAUGGACCUGCUGUUUUUGAAUCUCCUGUGAUGGUCGAUCUAAGCUACUGCCUUCAGGAAAGUGAUGUAACCAUCCCAACGCUUAACGGAUGGCUGCUUGGUUACCCUGUUGUUUAUUUGUUUGGGAAGGACCACAUUGAGCGUGCUGUUUAUAAUCUCUCUUCCAAGUCUCUUCACAUCUAUCAAGUAUAUGUCACCAGGUCUAACUCAUCAAGCAAAGUAAUUCGGAAAGAAGAACUGAUGAGUUUUACAGUGCCUUAUGACUUGAGCCUGGAGGGAAGCAAUGAACCAUGGGCAAAGUCAUUUCUGGCUGCCUUGAAGGAAAGGUGGGAGAAGUGCAAGCACAUCUGGGGAUCUCUACAUAUGGAGGUUAGUGGUUGUUAUCCACAGGCAAUUGCUCUGUGACAAUAUCACACCAUUGUGUACGUAUUUUGCAGAAGAUAGGAAGAGUUUCAAUUACUAUUUACUUGUACAACCAUUAUGAUAAUCUAGAUGUUUUAAAUCGCCUAUUGCAUCUACCAAGGUUGGCUACUUAUAUGAGAUCCAAUUAAAACAGAUCUUGUUGAGACACAUAAAACGCAAUAAUGAAACUGAUGAGCUUAUGUUUUCUGCCUA